AUGCCUUUGGUAAUUUUCGCAGGCUUCCCAUGCUCAGGGAAAACUACAUGGGCUAAUGAACUUCGAAAGGGGUUAGAAAAGAGGAUUGAUUUAGCUAAGCAGAACCUGGAGUCGGGACACAAUUAUACAAUUUCCUACCAUUCGGAUCAGACAUUAGGCAUCGGUCGUGAUACUUAUGAAGAUUCGAAUAAAGAAAAGUUGGCUAGAGGAUCACAGAUAUCGUUUGUAAAGAGGGACAUCUCUAAGACUAACAUUGUCAUCCUUGACUCAAUGGCAUACAUAAAGGGAUUUCGUUAUCAACUAUAUUGUGAGUCGAAGGGAAUGGCUACUCCUCAUUGCGUUAUUCAAGUGACGGCGCCUAUCGAACAGUGUCUUGAGUGGAACGAAAAACUACCACCAGAAGAUCAGUGGAGUCCAGUAUUGAUGAAGCAAUUGCUGAUGAGGUACGAGGAACCAAACAGCAAUACCAGAUGGGACUCGCCGUUAUUUGAGGUUUUGUCGGGUCACGCUGACGAAAAGUUACCGAUUGAUGAUAUAUGGAAUGCUUUAGUUUUGAAGAAUGCACCAACGCCUAACGCAGCUACCACUAUACAAUCCACCUCAAACAAUUCUUUUCUCCAAGAGUUGGAUAGAAAAACGCACGAAGUUGUCACACAGAUUCUUCAGCAACAACAGCUUACAAAUGGUGCUGUUGUUGUUAACGAGUUUGUGGUGGAAAUUCCGAUGGGAACAGUGAGUACUGCACAAUUACAAAGAAUAAGAAGAUCCUUCAUUAGUCUCAACAGAAUGAGAACAAUAGAAGCUGACCGAAUAAUACCUUUAUUCGUGGAAUAUAUAAAUAGAAGUCUAAAUAAUGACGAUUAA